CGUAGCAAGCAGGAAGUUUUCAGUUAUCGACACGAGCGGCAGUCACGCACUCUCAUUUUGUUUCCGCUCAGGUGUAGUGGUUUGAAAUUCUACCUUACAUGUUUCUUUCAUAGCAGGGACGUGGGUUGAAGCUUUCUUCCUCCACUAUGAUUCUUCUUCGACGAGUUUUGGUGGUAAUCUAUGUGUUGCUGUUGUCCGCGUUGCCAGUUUUAUCAUGGCCUCUUCUCAACUGCUCCCGACAGGGUUUGAGGUGUACAGUCACCACAAGUAACUGUAUGGACAGUAAAUGGCUGGAUGUGAAUCAGUACACUCCCAGCAGUCCAGAGGGGCUGCAGGUGAGCGUGAACACAAGGCAGGAUGAGACAGGACACCUGCACCCUGUGCUGGUCGCUAACUGGAACAUAAAGGAUGAUGGCAGUAUAAGUUACCUGAAAGCCACCGAGCUUCAUGUUCUGGUAACGUCCACCAACCAGAACCUGUGUGUCCGAUAUUCCUUCAAAGACAAACUCUCAAUGAGAAGUCCGACGGGGGAAAAGUGGUCGUUCUCAGCUAACACGCUCGUGGUGGACCCUGGUCAGACAUACCGGGUCUCUGUCUUCAACAUCCCCAAAACAGAGCUGAACCACAGCGGCUACGACGUCAGCACUGAUGUCAACGUCCCUGAUUGUCCAGAUCCCAAAAUGCAGAUGACCGAGUUUUGCAUAGAGAGAGGAAGUCUGUGGCAGCCUAACAUCAGUCUGACUAAGAUCACUGCAGUCCGUGGAAGAUCCGCUCUGGCUGUCAGCUUCACUCCCGACACUCUCUGUGAGGAAUACAUUGUUAUUGUUAGCUGCUCCACUACCCAACAUGUAGGCCGCACAUACAAGGCCAAUCAGAAGACCCUGAAUGUAACGUUCAGCCUGGAUAAAUGGCCAAGAUUUUGCUGCCAGUUUGAUGCUGAGAUCAAACCUCUUUUCCCACAAUGUGGCCAGGAAUGUGCCCGUCGAAAGAGAACUCUGGAUUUUUGUCCUGCAAAGCCAAUAGAUGCCCCUGAUGUCCCCGUGUACACAUUUGUCGUCCUGGGAGUGGUAUUUAUGUGUGUUGUGAUGGCAGUUGUUAUGUACGUCCUAUGCCGGAAGCAAGGCAAACCUGGUGUUACUGCAGCACCUGUGGUAGGUGAAAUACCGUGGGAGCAGCAACUUAAACAGCCUCCCAAAGUGCUGGUCAUCUACUCUCAGGACCACCGCCUUUACAGGGAUGUAGUGCUAAAGCUCUGCGCCUUCCUUCAGGCCAAGUGUGGCACCAAUGUGCUUGUGGACCUGUUAGAUUCCACCUCAGUCAGCAUGGUGGGGCGCCUUCGCUGGCUUGAGUGGCAACGACAACAGCUCAAAAAUCCCUCUGACAAAAUCCUGGUGCUGUGCUCGCAAGGCGUCCAGGCAAAGUGGAGGGCCAUGUGCGGUCAAGGCCGGGUGACUCUGAGGGAAGACGUUCUCUCCCCUACUGACGACAUGCUCACUCCCUUUCUCAACCUCUUCCUACCAGACAUGCACCAGGCCGGCAUGCUGGGCAAGUACAUGGUGGCUUACUUUGAUGACAUCAGCAGGGAACAAGACGUGCCAUCAGUUUUUGACAUCGCAGUCAAAUACAAGCUGAUGAAGCAUUUCGAAGAGUUGUACUUCCGCAUCCUAGACAUUGAGAAGUAUCAGCCAGGUCAGGUCAACCACAUCAAGGGCAUUGGUGGGGAUGAAUAUUUCGACUGUCCAUCAGGUAGAGCCCUGAAGAAUGCCAUCGAAGCCUUCCAGGCCUACCAGUUGGAAAAUCCUGACUGGUUCGAGAAGGAGUGUGUGAACGAUGAGGAGGAGGUCAUGACUGAGGCUAACCGACUCUUAGACCAACUACAGAUCCCUCCAGUCCUAGAGUGUGUUCCUCUAAUCAGAGAUGGACUUCCUGUCUACAUCCAUGAGGUAGAAAUCAAUGAAAAUGACAGUCUUCUCGUGCUUACACCUGAACUCAACCCAGAGCGCGAACAGUCAUCAGUGGCAGAACUUACACCAGUAGUCAACCCUAAGCACAAACAUCAGUAUCUGUCAAACCCGGAUGAGGUGUUGACGGAUGAUGUGCAUCCUCACUGCCCCAGGCUAGAAUCUGUCUACAUGGUUGAGCCUGUUUUAAACAACCUGCGACCACCAAGACAGAACUGGCUAUUCCUCCAGGCAGAACCCUUCAGUCAAAUUCCCACAGAGGAUGAGGAAGAGGAAGAGCUACCGAAAGGCCAAUUCUCUGCUCGUUCGGAGAAGACAAACUCUGCCCCACAGGACUCCCUGAACUUAAAACCUCAAGAAUUAUCUUGUACCAGCAUGCAGAGGGAAUACUUCCAUCAAUCCGAAACCUGCCACUCUCAGCCUGCAGAGAUGGAGGAGGUUCUAGGGCCCAGUGGAAAGGGUCCAAGCAGUGGAUCUGAUCAAGGGUACAUCUCCAAAAUGUCCUCCCAGCAUGAACGCCCUGUCAAAGAGGAUCCGCUGGUGGCUCUGAGAAGACUGCAGGAGAAGCUGUUUCAGAAGAAUCUCGGAUAACCUCCACUGACUUUAACCUAUGUCACCUGUGUGAUCAUAAUGAGUGCCUGAAUGUAGGAGGGUGUAAGAGCCCAAAACACAAAGGUGUUUCUGUGGCCAGUAAAGGGUGAGGCUCCAAUAUUAGUUGAUGAUUUUCUGGAUAUAAUAACUCCUAUAUUAUUUUUGUAUUAUUGUUAUUUGAUCAAAACAAAUGAAGACAAAUCAACAUGAUCAUAAAACAAAAACGCAAUGACUUUACAUGAAUAUUGUUCAUGUCAAAAACAGUUGUUUGUUUGGGUGUUGCACCCGGUAGAUAUGUACAGGAAAAUGAUGUUGGACUUCUUAAAUGGAGGAAGAAAUGAUGGAGACAUUUGCAUCAGCACCUAUUGAGCAUUAGAGGAACUGCAGCUGAACUCAGACAGGAGGUUGCAAAGCACCAACUGCACAGAUCCUCUGGGGCCCGAAAGCUCCAGGUUCACAAAUUGGCAGUAACUUGAAACACAUUCUGAACUGAUUAGAGACAUGGAUUCUCACACGCUCUUGAGGCCCCAUCUUGUAGGGGGGCCCUGAUAAAAUCUCGUGGACGUCUAGUUUUAAAGGUGCGGGGCGGCUCUGGAGACGGACCUUAAGUUAACUACCAUCUUGAAUUCAGCCAGCACUAACUCCAGAGCCAGAGUUCUGAUCCUGGUGGACUGCCCCAACACCCCGCCUAGUUAACAUCUUUCUAUUCCUGCUGUCACACAGGUUAGACCUAGCGCUCCACGCUGUGACUCCUGGCGCUGUGGUUUGUGCUCACUACCGCCUCUCUAGGUACAAGUGGUAUUGCAGGACGUGCCGGGGCUAGGUGGUUAGCAUGCUCAUUUCAGUAGAUAUCUCUUCAAAACAGUACAUGGAUAUCAUUGAAGACUUUUACUUCCUAACAUUCUGUGGACAAUGUGAGUUCAUUUGUUGAAUGUUUUAAACUGAAAAUAUUUGAAUUCUUACUGUUUUGAUUUUGUUUCUGCAGUUAAACUGCAUUGAAGGAAAUAUGUGAUGUGUGUGCUGCCUUCAACAAUUGUCCUUUUAUCCAUGGGAGAAAGGUCAAAUAUCCUGGAAUAUUGUAAAUAAUAUUUUUUUAUCAGUGUGUUUGUGUUAGGAUUACACUUUCUUGAUAAUGAAGUUCUUUAAUGUCUCUUACAGCACUUAUCUUUGGGUCAGGGUCAGUGAUUUUCCUCUGUUAUAAAGAAAUCCCCCAAAAAUAUUAAAUGACUUUUAAAACUUUGUACAGUAGUUUCCUCAGAUUUAUUUCAGGUUUUAACCACAUAAUCGGUUUUACAUCUACAGUACAUAGAUUGGAUUAUAUCAGUACCACACGACUUUACAGCACAGGUGAAAUCCGAUCUGUAAACAACAGCAAUGUUCUUUCCCUGUAAACAAGUUUGAAGAAAAAGAAAGCCUGUAUAAUGAAAGACAAGUGUUCAGAUUGCACACAUUGUGUUUUUCUUUGCACGUAGGCUAAACAUUUGAAUCUGUGUUGCAUGAUUGGCUCCUUUUGAAUAUUCAUGUCCAUGAAAGCCUUUGGUAGUUUCAGUGUCACUGUGCUUGUUCAUGCAGGUUAAAGGCCUACUACACUUCAGUUUAAAUUCAAUGUCAAGAAAUGCCCCAGCUUUUGAGUUGACUGUGUGGUAAGCUUCUUGUGCAAAUCCAAAUACACAUUGUUAGAGCCUUUUCAACAGUGUAGGUACCUCCUAUAUGUAUCUUACAUAUGCAACGAUUUAGCAGAUUACUGGCAUGCGGAAAUAAUACAAAAUAGUAUAAAAUAUAACAUUUUAAAUACUUUGGCAAUAUAUGAUAAGCAUUUAAAAUGCUGCUCUCAGUGCAACAUGAGAAACAAAGCCAGGAGAAGCACUGAAGCAGUGAUGUAUUUUGUGUACAGCAGGACUCCACAGAGAGGUCACUCUUCAGGGUCAACUUCAUAAGAGCAGCCUGGUGUCUGCAACGGGAAUAUCCAACAAAUAUCUAUUCAUUCAACUUUUUUAUUGCAUUAUUGAGAGUGACAAUUUGUUCUGGAGAUUGUGAAUAGUAUUUUGACACAAAUAAUCUCAACAUCACUUUCAACCACAUCUCAUGGUCUAGAUCAGCAGAUAGUCUUUGCCAUAUUGUUGUCAUUAACAUGUUAUAUAAGUAUGGAGCUUUCACAUUCAAGUAGUUUGCGUAUGGGUGGAAAACCUAUUU